AGAUCGUAUUCCAUAUGAAGCGGCGCUAUACGAUCUUUGGCAGCCUUAGCUCACUACAUGUAGUAGCUGACUGAAAUGUGAAAGGACAGAAAAACCGGUUAGCUGUUAGUGCAAUGGCCAACGUACGGGAAUCAUGUCAUUGUGUGCGCAUACAAGAUCUACCAGAGGAGAUUUUGGAGAGAAUUAUGUCCUUUCUUUCGCCAUAUAAUGACUGCAAAAAUGCGUCGCUGGUAUCGAGAAAGUGGCACCGCUUGAUGCAAGGUGUCACUAAACAGAGGCAGCAGGCCUUCUUUCAUGCUGCUAGAUCAGGGUCUCUGACAUGGUCUCAUAAAGAAUAUUCAGGCAACUCUUUGCUUGCCAGAUGUAUGCACAGUGCUUGCUUUGUGGAUGGCAUCAUGUACAUGUUUGGAGGGAUGAUACCAGCUACUGCAAAUACACAUAGUGGCACCUGUUUCUGUGAUUUGCAAAUGUUGGAUUUAAGGGAUAGAACAUGGACAAGGCUGCUGGCUACAGGUCAAUACCCUUCUCCAAAGGCUGGAGCCUCUAUGGUCCAUCACAGUGGAUCUCUGAUACUCUAUGGUGGAUGGGCCCCUCCAGUUCCCAACCCUCCUCAUCAACCUCCCAUAGUCUUCAAUGAUCUUCAUAUGUAUGACAUUACUAGAAAUCACUGGAGGGCUGUAGUGACUAGUGUCUCACCACCACCACUAGCCAAUCACAGAGCCAGCCUACUGGGUGAUUUGAUGAUUAUCUUUGGUGGGAGUAGUGGAAGUAGAAAGAAAGAAAAUGAUGUGUGGGUAUUUUCACUUAAAAGCAUGACUUGGAACCGGAUGGAGAUUGAUGGAAAGAAGCCACCUGCUCGUGACAAGCAUAUACAGGUUGAGUUAGAUGAUGGCCACAUCUUGAUUAUAGCAGGACUUGGGAACCUUGAUAAGGAACUCCAUGAUGUUUGGAUGCUUGAUAUAAGUGAAAUACCAUGGUGUUGGAGAGAAAUCGAAGUCAAAGAUAAAGCACAUGCAGCUCCAAAGAUGUUCUGUCAUGCAGCUUGCAAGAUUGAUGAGUGUGUUGUAUUCUUCAGCUGCUCACGUACAAGUUCCAAUUCAUGUAGGAACUUAUCAUCACAGAUGUCAACACAGUUCAGGCAUCGUCAACUCAGGGAUCAUCCGUCCCCAGCGAGUCAGUCCCAUCAUUCAACCAAGUUAAGAGGUGUUGAGACAGGAUCUCUAAAAGACCUACACCCUCAAGUCAAACGUCUCUGCAACAAAACAAAUGAAAACAGUAGCCAAAACUCUGAAAUGAAUGAUUCAAAUCUUUUAUCAGUAAGAGAUAGCAGUGCUCACACUUCCAAUGACUCUAUUCCAGUUGGUUGCCCAUGCUCUCCAGGGUGCACAUGUAAGACUCCAGUGACAUUUAAACUUAGCCCAGUGGAAUGUAGGAUAGCACCCAAUAACCUUGGGUUUUCUUCACCAUUGCCCUCCAGCAUUUAUCAUGGCGAACAACAGUAUGUUCUUGAUAUUAGUAGAGCAGUGAAUGCCUCUCAAGUGAGGUGGCUUGAAAUCCCAGAUCAGAAUGUUGAACAUAUUCCUGAGGCUCUUUAUCCAUCCAUGUGUGUUGGCAGAGCUCAAGUCAUACGCUUUGGAGGAUUUCACCUGGAUAACAGGUGUCCACGAGCUAUAAAUAACCAGUACUAUGCAUACUAAUUUCAUUAAAUGAUGUAUUUGCUAGCAGAAAAAUAGUGCGGGAGGGGGAAGUCUUGCAGAGUUCUUUUCCUGCAUUCCACCUGUAUUAAGCUUUUCUUUCAAGAUGAGGUGUUGAGGAAUGAAGCCCAGGCGAAAUCAAUUUGCUACAAAGUGCAUUUGUGUUUCUAUUUUCAUUUACGUGUAACAAAGGUGCCAUUUUUGGGCCAUUACAUUUUGUAAGCAACCUUUAAAAAUGAAGGAAAGUUUUGGUUGCAAACAUCACCACCUUUUUGAAACCCAAUGAGCUUUGAUACUGUUGGGGCACAGGAUGCAGUUUGAUCCUUUUAGUAGGAAUUGUGGGACCUCACCAACAGUGUACAUAUCUCAUUAAAUACUACCCGAGCAUAACUCAAGAGUGCCAUUAUUAAAGAUACUGUGACAUGCUUGUAGUCACAUUUGCUUUGAACUAAAAGGUUACACAUAUUGCUGUUAUUUUGGAUAUUUCCCUAAUUUACCUCUAUAUUUCGGCAGUUCAGAAAUUGUUGAAAGAGAAAAAAAAGAUAGUGCAAGGCGUGUCCUGUGAUCUGUUAUUCCUAAAUUUGGUGCUAACUUCAUGUUUAUUAUUCUUGUUUCACUGGAACAUUUGGAUGAGCGAAUAUUCAAAGCAAACCAUAUAGGUGACCCACAAUACACUGUCAACACUUGGUAAAAAGAAUAAUGCAUGCAUUUAGUUUUGUCAGAAAUGUUCAAUAAAGAUUUCAAUCAAGUUGGCUGCUAAGAUGACGUGUAAAUUUCAAAUGUCUUUUCAAGGUUAUAGUUCUAUUAAAAGUGAAAUGGGGAUCGUC